UUGCAAAAAAAUUCAAAUUCACAUCGUUCAAUUAGGGUUGCGGUGGAACAACAGAUAAGUUCUUCCUAAAAUGCAUACACAAGUUAUUCAGCAUAUAAAAGGAAGAAGAUGACGUUUCAGAUUUAUUCGAUCGCAUCCUCAUCGCACACAAUGCGUUUCUCCUUUGCAAUCGUCCGAGUCUUCGCCCUCGUUACUGCUUUUGCAUCAUCAAUAUCUGCCAUGCCCACUGAUGCUAGCAUUGGGUACUGUCCCAUGUUUUGCCACAAACAGAGUGAAUGUAGUACCUGCAUCUACAACCAUUGCGUGAGUUUCAGUAGUUUGUGUCUUGGAUUUAAGCGCACGACUCACCGACAUGGAAGAGCUUCAUUGUAUGCACGGGUUGAACGUGACGUAAUAAGAACAUACUAACGGCCCAAUAUAUCGAAUAACUUCAAUUUUGAGUACAAGGUGGCGAUGAUGAGAUUAGACUCGGUUCACAGAGCAGAGAAAUAGAAGUUGAUCGAUGAUUUAAUUGCGGUGAUGAUGCGACGAUUAGUUUUGAGCGUUUUGUCUCUUGUUACUUGGAGCCUUCCACAACGAUGUAAAGCGGGAAAAACUUGGCCUGGAGAGAUGACGAUAGGACUGACGCGGGCCACAUUGAGGUCAUUCAGACACUGCGAUGUGCACCUCAAAAGAUGGGAGACCCACCCACAUUUCGAGACGUGAAACGCGGUGAGAAGCGGGGAUGCUUGUAACCAGGAAUGGAAUCUUUGAGCAGAGCCUGUCAACGAAGCGUGGGUUAUGCGCUGGCAAACAUCAAGAAGGUCGUUUCGGAGAUAU